AUGCCCUCAAUUGCGACUGGCUACCUUAUUGACAGGCCGAACCGCCACACUGCGUUGAACGGGCAACCCGUGUCCGCCCGUCUUACAGUCACCGCCCUACAAGAAGAAGAUUCUCCUCAGCUACCAGCAAAGGCCCAACAAGACCAAACACAAGACGCAGGAGGAUCCAGCCUCUGUGGACAGUCGCCUCCUCCUCAGUAUCCCUCCUCCGAAGCCUCGACUCCCCGGCUGCCACCCUUCUCUUUUGCGUGCGAUUCAUUCGAAAACCCCCCCGAACCUGCCCACGGCAUCCGCUCCACGAUCCCAGUCACAGUCGCUGGAUCAUUCCCUGCUGCGCCGUCGUAUGCAUCCCUAGCUUCGAAUUUCUCUACAGAACAAUCGGUUCCGACUUCUUUUGAUCACGCUCUCGCCGAGACUAAGCGUGCGCUUCCCCGAGACACCAAAGGAGGCUCUUCCGGAAAGGACGACAACGCCGAACCACCCCCCGCAUACUCGGAGGGACCCAGUCCACUCCAAUCCUUCGCCUUUCUAAUGGCUACCGCCGGAGGCGCGUCGAGUAUUAUUACCCAAGUGCAACAGGGAGGCCCGCCCAUCAAUGCCAUCGGAGAUGUUGGCGCCGACGAGACAAUUGCCAUGGACCUUCGGGGCACCAGAUUUGUUCUGUCGAGGGACGAACUCUUAACACUGCCUGAAUUCGUCCUACUAUCCUUGUUCCCCAAUGGCCUCUUCCCCGAGGGCCAUAUGGGGGGAUUCACAGAGGGCGAUGCAGUGCAAGUAGACUAUGAUCCAGCAUCUCUGCAGUAUAUGCUGGACUUUUUCCGCACCGUUGCACAGUCGAUACCUGUUGACGCCUCGCCGAGCGUCUCUCAGGAGGAGGAUUCUGCGACGGGAGACCCAAUGGGCUCGCGAGAUGACUCGUCGAAGAGAGCUGGCAUCAUCGUUCUGAGAGAGGAUCUCGACUUCUACGUCAUACCCCCGCGGGCCGAUAUCGCGCAGCCUGAGAUGAUGGAAGUCAAGAGAGCUGCCGGAAGAGCCCUGCUUCAACAGACGGGCAUUUUUUCAGGUCUGAAGCGCAGUGAUGAGCCGGGCACUACGGAAGCUCACCUUAUCGAAAUGUUGACAGCGGGAGCAGGAGAACCGAAUAAGGCGGUUGUCUGCAGUCUAGCUUUGGCACGCCUACGAAGCGACAUUAGGGGCAACGAUAUGGGCAGUAAUGCUGUUGGCAUGGCGCAAAAGCUGCUUCUCUUCUGGAGGAAGCCUGCGAGGCGCUGCUGGUGGGAAGGUGUGGAGCUUGACAAUGUUGAGGGCGUCGAGGGGAAGCUAAAGGUCUGGAUCAGGCGCGUUUGGACCCUGGAAAUGAGUGUCAUCGGCCUUCGAUGA